AUGUAUAUUAAAAAUUUGUAUUAUGCUCUUAUUCUGUGCCUCUUUGGCAUAGUUUAUCCAUCUUGGUAUAAUGACCUUGGUUCUGUCACUGCAAAUGCAUUUGACACUGAAGGUAACGUUAGAAGUAGUAAUGACAACUAUCAAAACAUUGAACAGAAAGACUCAAAGUCAUUAUUUAGAAAAAGGCGUUAUAUCCUAGAUGUAAGAUCCUUUGGAAACACAUGUGUCUUAGAAUACGAAAGAAUUUGUGAAACAACAGACUAUCACAUAUAUGUAAAACAUGGAAUAAGUGGCCAUGUAAUUAAAGCUACGUUAGUUCAAAAAGGGUCUAGUGAUAUUGUCUCCAUGCAUAAUUUAACAAAUAACUUUUCCAUUGAUGGAAGUGUUCAUUUUAUUUUUAAAAACAUUCCAUCAUUGCAUUACAGCAUUGUUUUGGAAGUGGCAGAUUUUAUAUACCAUAAAGAUUAUGAUAUCGGAGACAAAUGUUACUGUAACAAAUGUAAUGACACUUAUAAAGAAAUUGACUUAACAUCAAUGGAAGACAGGAUUAUACACACAGUAAGAAUUGACAAAAAAAAUAAAAUAACAUUUCCGCAAAAGGAAUUUAUACAUGGAAAUUAUUUAUUUAGCAAACUUUUAUAUUUCCAUUCUGAAAUAAAUGAAAAGACAUUUGAACAUUACUCACAGUUAUACUCUAACUAUAACGAAUUGGUAUAUCCUUGUUCAGGUAUCAUAAUGACACACUCGGAUAAUUACAACAUUCAUUAUGAUUUACGUAGCAUGAAUUGUUACCACAUACUUAUGGUUGAUAAGUUUAUAAAGAAAUUUAAUUCUACAAGAGGUAACACAGAGGCAUCAUUGAUGAUGUUUACAGAGAAUCCGAUAUUUAUCAAAUUCGACGAAAGUUUAGAAAGUAAAAAUCUCAUUGAAAUAAGCAAUAAAAAUUACAUAAUUGAACAUCCUUUGAUGUACAAAAGAGGCUACUAUUCUUCUAGGAGAAGUGUUAUGGGAAGUUUAGUCAAAAUUAACAUAAGUCUUGUUUUUUAUCAAAAGAAGUACAUUUAUAAAAGUAACGUGGAUAAUAGAAUGGAAUAUGUACACAUGUUUAGAAUUCUUUUUAACUUGUUUAAGCAGUUGUACAACAUUUCAUAUGAAAAUAUGCUAUACUAUACUACUGGACUAACUUUGCAAAAAAAUAACAAUAUUUCCCAUGUAGAUCAGGAAUAUAAUGUAUAUGCCGAGGAGUUGGCAGUAUUGUUAAAUUCUCUUGCGUAUGAAUUUAAUGCAGAGGCAAUAAAUCUGAAUAAUGUUUUAAUAAUUCAAGAAGAAUCUCAAUUUGUUUCAGAAUAUGGAAAAAACCAUUUUGCUCAAGUGAAGGAUAAUCAACUAAUACUUAGAUCUUCAUCUGAAAUAUGUUUAGUUGUUUUGAAAUCUAUUGCCCAGGAGUUAAGUAAGUAUAUAAAUUUAAAGUUGCGAAAAGAACAACAAAACAUAUGUAAUAUUAUGAGGCUUACUAAAAGUUAUGCAAACAUAUCAACUAUGUAUCACACGUACGAGCUGGAUUGUAACCUUUCAGUGUUUUAUAUAGAGCAUAACCUAACUGAAGAUUUAAUGUUAAAACAUCUUCUAACGAACAAGGUCCUAUUUGAGGAUGUCACGUUGGAGUUGUUUUACAAUGGCAUAUUCGGAUACACCGUUUUUGUGCAUAUCAAGGUUGAUGAUACGGUUGUGAAGAAUUUAAAAAAACGUGUUUCGAAAUAUGUAAAUAGCAAUACUGUAGUAACCAUGAAAAUUAUUGGAAGUAAGAGUGACAGAACAGAUGUAAAUAUGACCGACAUAACGGUACUUAAAAAAGUUUCCUUUCCUAUUGAAUGCAAAGAAAAUUGUAAUAAUAAGCAUCCGAUAAUGAUUAAAGAGAACUUGGAUUAUAUAUCAAUUAGUGAAAUAUGUAUAGAAAAUCAAGGAUUUCCAAAUGUUUGUUUUCCUGCUUAUAACUUCGGUUACGUUUUUGAUACGAGAUUACUACGUGUACACAUGAUAAAUAUCAAUCCAUAUCCCGAAAUUGUGCUAACCCCUUCCGUAAUUCGUAACAUAAUGGAAGAUUAUUAUUGUAUUUUAACUCCAGUUCCUCAACGCAUCAUACCUAACGUAUCGGUUCCAUCAGUAUACAAGGACACAUUGUGUAAGGAAUACAUCAAUAGGUGCAAUCUCGUAACAACCAAGUUAGUAUUGAGCAAUGCAGGGUUUGUAUCUGAGAAUAUAGCUACUCUAAAAAAUAAUCGAUUAGGACUGAAUCUAUGGACACAUUUUGAUGAAAGACACGAAGAAAUGUUGCAAGUUGUCUACAAAUUAGAUAAUUCAGAAAGAAAGAGUAGUGUUCAUAGAAUUGCUUCACACCACGAGCAAAGCUAUAUUUUAACAUAUUACAAUAACAGUUUUUACAUAAACAAUCAUUCAAACAUGAUUAGCUUGAGACGUUCAAAAGAGUUAUUCACCACUGUUUUAGAGGGAGAGUUGCAGAACGGAUUGCACAGUGAUAAUAACAAUGAGGACGAGGACUACGAAUUUCACCAAGGGUUAUACCCACAGAUUGAUGUGAAAGUACACACCGUUAAUGUGAUAGAUAACAAGGGUUUGUUAACGCAUGUGCAGACAUCAAAACAAAAUGAUAUAUCAUUGUAUCCAUUUGGAGAAAUAAGUAUAAAUUAUGAGAAAAUAAAAUCCAAUGUUUAUAUGAAAUUUUUAAAUGAUUACAUAUACUUCUACGAGGGUGAAGAAAAAUACAACAUACAAGAAACUUCUCCUCACUUUGUGAACGUGUCUCCGUAUAAUUACGAAUGCUUGGGGGCAUAUGCAUACUUGAUGAAUAAAUUUAACAUUCUCGUGAAUGACUCUCUAAACUGUGAUGCGAUACAAAUGAUAAUAGAAGUACUGUUAAAGGGAAAAUUGGGUAAAUAUUUUAUACACCACAAGAACAAAAAGAUACAUUUGAACUUUUUCAAAAAACACGAACAUUCACACGAUGUAUUUGACUUGGUAAAUAUGGAAAUAUAUGAAUCACAUGCCCCGUUGAAAGCAGUUAAAAAGUAUAAAUUAAAUGUGAGCAUUGAUGAAAACAACUUAAACUUAUUGUAUGCACAUAGAAAUCUUGAACACCCGAAUAAGUAUUUUUCCAAUGUUUACAUACUCAUGUUUAAGGUGGCAUAUCUGUCAAAUAGUUACGACUUUUAUUCAUUUUUUUACGAAUUAACUGGAAUUAAAUUAAUUGACAGUUUCGUUUUGGAGAAUUUGGACAAGUUAAAACCAGUCGAUCAAGCUGUUGUGAAAAGUAUAAGCUCUGUGUUAAAAGACAAAUUUGAGAUAUCAUUGGAAAGUCACACAACGAGAUAUGAUACACUAAUAAAUGAAAUUUCAUUGCUUGCUGCAUAUAUAACGGAGUUAACAUCGUCUUAUACAAAGAAAUUAUACAAAUCCGGUAGUGGCUAUUGCACAUCAGUAGAAGAUGGAUCAAAUGAACCUAACACCACCACCCCUUUUGCUGGAAUUAAAUAUUUCGUUUACAUUGAUGAGUUUAAGUAUGUUAACAAGAAAUACGUGAUCAACGAGAUGGCGUACUACUUGUCAAAGCAUGAUGUUCUUGUAAUAAAGAAGAAGGCUUUGUGUUGUUCUAAUUUUGUGGAUGAAGUAGAAAAUUCAUUGAAGUAUCACAUACUUUAUAAGUAUAUAAUAAAUGACAAGAAAUUUGUGAGUGAUAAUGAUGCCCAUGCAUUAUCAACAAAGGGACAUAGCAUAGUGCAGAAAUUGUUAGGUCGUGAAGUAUUAUCAUCCGUUGUAUUAGGUGUAAAUUGGAGCUUAAGUGACAUUUCAUACAUGACUAAGAAAAUAAUGAAUGAAUCAGGAUACGUAUCUAAAGAAGAAUCAUCAAUGCAAUCUAUGUACGUAGACAUGGAGUGUAUUAACCUGGACUUGAUAAAUCACAAUGAAAAUGUGAUCACAGAAUUUGCGACAGAGUUUGACAAACACGGAGCAUUAGUGUCGAUUACGAUGGAAAAAUUUAUUUUUCUCCCUAGUGUAGUAGGCAAUGAAGACAUUGAAAAGGUAAAUAUGGGUAACAACAGCAAUUAUACCGUUUAUUUCGUAUUUAGAAACUUGUCCAUUCCCUUUGUAGGGGAGAUAAACAAAAAAGAGAUUUUAGAGCUAAAACGAGUAUUACUACUGAAGGGUGGUGCCCCACACAAUAUGACAGACAAAACUGUGGUGUUCAGCACGUACAUAGACAACAUGAAUAGUAACUCAAUCUUUAUGUUAGAAAAAGUUAUAAUAGUAUCAAAAGCAGGUGACAAUUUAGUAAGGGAAAUAAAUGUAGAAUAUCAAACAUUUUUUGUGCACCCAUACAGCAUGAUUUUGAAUACAGAAAUUAAAAUACCCCAUCUCACAGUGCCAGAAAUGUAUUAUGAUAAAAUGUUAGAGUGUCAUCAUUAUCAUAACGGACUGCAAGUAUGUCAUAAUCCCGAUUUUGAUUAUGAAGGGUUUUCCCCAUACUAUGUAUCUUACUUGGAAAAUUAUCAGAGAAAGGACAUACUUUUCAAGAGCAAGGAAGAAAUCGCUAACAUGAUUAAUAACAGUUAUUUAACAUUGUCAAAAAGAUUUCAACUGAAUAUGGGAGGAGAUAUAAUGUCUGCAGACAUUUAUCGAACAGUUCGUUUGAUAGUAGAGGAGGUAGUAUAUUCAAUUGGAAUACAUAAUUUAGGAAGCAAGUCCUGUAGUACCUUGUAUUUGAACAAAGGUCAAUUGCAUAUCCCAAAUGAUAAUCAAUCUCUCAUUUCGAACAUAUUUUAUGACACCCAUUACUGCAUAGACAGAGGUGCCAUUUUGAAAGAAGUACUUCAAAUUUGCAAUUUUGAGAGGGAUGACUUGGUGAAAUUAUUUGGCCAAAUGGAUAGCAAUAUACUACCAUAUCAGUUGAACAAAGAAUUUGCUAAUUCUCUAACAAGAGAAGAAAUAUUAUCAUUGAUAUAUUAUUUCAUAUCAGUACCGCCUCAAGUGAACGAGAUUAUUAGAAAUAACUCAAUAUAUUUGGAAAUUCUAGAGUUAAAUGACACUAAGUUGCCGUCGUCCAAUGAGGCAAUGCUCGUCAUUACCAAUUUAGAAUCGAUCCACAUAAAGAAAAACAUGCUCAGAUUUAAAAAUGUAAAGGAACAAUCAAUAAUACAAUUUAACGUAAAUUUUUACAUGGAACUGCUAAAGAACUUGAGCGAUUUGAAAGAUAAGACUGGAAAAGAUCCCGUGUUAAUAGAGGCCGCGAUUAAAACUGAUUUUAAGGACAUUCAUCGCAUGAUAACAAGUUACAUAGAGAAUAGAAACACAUGUGCUGCUGUUGAAAGUGAUGGAGGAAGUAUAUCAUCUUUACCUACACUUUCGAAUGCCGGACCAUUGUUCAAACCUGAUGACAUUUUGAUAUAUAAUGUACCCAGCUUCACAUACACAGAUAGUGCUAUAUAUAUUAAAAAGCAGCCAGAUGUAUAUAACUCAUUCAACAAUGUAUUCUUAUAUGAAGGACAUAGCGAUUCAGUUGGGAAAUAUCUAAGCGGUAUACUUGUUCUAUCCCCACAUAAUUUUCUAUCUCUUAAAAAUGUUAUGUAUAUAGGGCUAAUAGCCAAUACUUUUGACAAUACCAAUCAAUUUGUAUUGAAAUGUUACCCUCAUAAGAAUUAUGACACAUCGAGUUUUGCAAAGAAGUUUAAUUUAGAGACAAAUACUGUAUACUUAGUGUGUAGAAAUGUACCAGUAAUGCAUAUAAAAAAUGGAGUAUAUGAAUUCAACAAGUAUGUGAUUGAGUAUGACACUAAUAUGAAUGGCAUUGUUGGAACACAUAUAUAUGAAAACAUGCCUAUAAGACCUAUAUACGAGGUAAAAAAUGAUAAAGUAGUUGUUCCUAAAGUAGAAGAUGUUCAAAUAAAAGUAAAAUUGAUAAACAACACUAUCAGUUCAAAAUUCGCAGAGUAUGAAAUAGAUGUAUGUGGUCCUGUUAUUUUGCAUGCAGAUCCUUACAAUGUUGUGAAGCCAUUGUUCACAUUGAGAUCAUAUUUAAUGAAUACCAUAAUUUACACAAUUGAUGAUUACUUGGCAUAUAAAUACCCAAGAAAAUUGAAACAUUCGGAGUUUUUAAAUCUCCCGUUUAGCAAAAAUUUAUUCAAAGAGAGGUCUCUUACUUUGUUAACAUUGCAGAGUAGGAUGAAAGGAUUAAACAACGCAACUACACAUAAUAUAUACUCCUUGAUGCUUGCAAAGUCGUGUACCUUAAUAAAGAUAGUCAUAACAGAUAUAUAUGGCAAUAAAUACGAGGUGAACCUUGACAAGGAAAAGAAACCUGAGGUAGAGAGUAGCGGAAGUAGCGAAAGUACUGAAGGUAGCAACGCCGUGAGUGGAAAUACAUCUGAAGAUACCGUACCCAUAACCCCAGAAGUUGCACCAACGACAACACCCACUGUGUCCCCUUCAAAGAACAAUAUAAAGGUGUGCACAUCUUUCAUGCUCACAAUACAGAGUACGAGUAGAAACAUAGAAGACUUGACUUCUAUGGAGGAGUGUUUUUUUCUUGUUCACACGUCGUGCAUCGUCAGAGAGGGUGUAAUAUCUUUAACCGUGUCUGAUAAGGACACUUAUCUCACUGACGCAGAAGAGAAACAUUUGAUGAACAGGGAAACGUUCGAUGAGAUAUACAAAAAAAUAGGUGAGCAAAUGAGACUAUACAAGGGAAACUAUAUGGUAAAAAUUUCUAGUAAUGGUAAAGAAAUCGUUGACUCAGAUGAAGCUAAGAAAAAAAUCCCUGAUAUGAAGAUGUCAGUGGAAAGGGUAAAUAAAGAUGGGUCGGCAUACGACAAGUAUAGCAUUUACAAUUUUAGGAAAAAUGGAUUUAACGUGAAUUUGUUUGGGAAAAACGGACAAUCGGCGGUAGUAUCAGAAAAAGCAAAAAAUGUAACACCGGUUACAGAAGCUGCACCGGUUACAGAAGCUGCACCGGUUACAGAAGCUGCACCGGUUACAGGAACUGCACCUGUUAAAGAAACUGCACCGGUUACAGAAAACUCACCAGUAACAGAAACCGCACCAUCUGCAGUUCCAAAAGUGACUAUCGAUUCUGCCAAAGAACAACUAAAGCCAGGUAAUAUUCAGUAUGCUCAAAGGAAAUACAAUAGACGAGUUGAUUAUUUGAUAAGCAUUAAGAGGAAAGAUGUAAAUGAGGAAAACAAAGAAGAUGCGUACGAAGAUAAGUACACAUUACUCACGGGAACCUUAAAUUCUAGCAUAGCUAAAGUAGUAGUGAAGGAUGGGAUAUUUAUGGCAACGUGCUUGGAAGGAGAUUGUGUCCUAAAUAAUAGAUUUCUCAAAGACAUGAUGAAUGAAAAAGUUUUAAAGAAUGGUACAUAUGAAUUGAAUAUUAAAAAGAGGAUACAUCUGACCCAAAGUGAAGAAAAUGAGGAACUUGAUGAAUCAUAUCUUAGAGGAGGAAACAGGCGUAAUAGCAACUAUACCCUUGUAUGUAUUGUAGAAAAUUCAUUUAACACUUUAAGCAAUGGUAGAAAAUUUAGAAAGGUGAUCAAUGUGCAAAAUGAAGAAUUAAAUGGAGAACAAGGAAAUUAUAACGUAUUUAUAAAUAAAGGAAAAUACAUAGCACAUACAGUUGAUCAGGUCCCUUUGAAAAAUACAGAAUUGUUCAAAUGGUGCAUUAACAAAGCAUGGGAAGUAAAAGAGAGCGAGAAUUACAUGUUUAAUGUACAACUUAAGAAGGUGGAAAAUUUCAAAACUUCCCAUGUCGGAUUGAUGAGUGAUAGUGACAAUGAGAAAGUUUAUAGUCUUGUCAUAAAUAAAUUAGACAAUGCUGGAAUGCCAUUAUAUAUAAAAAACAGAGUAAUAAAGUUUAUUGGAAAGAAAGGAUUAACCGAUUCUAGGUAUUUCAUACAGAUCAAUGGAGAAAAAUAUGUUUCAGAUGAGAUCAAUACAAUGAUUAGUGGUGAAGAUGCAUUAACCGCUGCGAGUAAUCAUCUUGCAGCACAAAGUCUUACUCGGGAUGAGUACUUUUUCGAAGACUUGUUUAAGUUGUUAUAUAAGAAGCCAAGUAACGGGUCCUAUUAUGUAGAAAUUUCAAAUGACGAGAUAGUAGAUGUAAAUGACGUAAUGAAUACUGAUCAGAUAGUUUUAACUGAAACCAUAGAUUCCGUUUCUGUGAAUAAAAACGAAGAACAUUAUGGGAAUAAUGUAAUUAAAGGUUAUUCAGUGGAAAUAAUUAGUUCGUCAGAAGACGAUGAAGGCAUACUUCUAUUCAACGAAUCGUAUAUCUUACACGGAUUUAACGUGAAACCAGGACAAUAUUACAUGACACACAAGGAUAAAAAAUACUCAAUUAAUUAUAUAUCAAGGGGAGAUGAAAGAAUGAAUUCGGCUGAUAUUGAAAAUAUUGUGAAAAUAUCAGGAAGAAAGUUGGAAGACGAUAAUUACUUUGUUUAUAUAGACGAAGUUUUUUUAAGCAAACAAGGAGAUUAUUUCGACAAUCCAUACUCUAUUCAAAAAUAUAAUGCACAGAAGGAGCAUCAACACUUAAUAGACGAGAACAAAAAACAAAUUGAUGACGCAUUCAGGGAACACUUAAAAAGCAACGAAGAAGAAGAAGGACAAAGGAGUGGUAGCAAUAGUAGUAGUAGUAGCAUUAAUAGAGAUUUUAUUGAACACCCAAGUGAUUUGCAUAAAGGUGAUCGCCCUUUUUACGCAUAUGUCUCUUUGCACAAUGAUGGAAGAGGAAAUAAGUGUGAGUUAAAAAAAGUCUUGUAUGGUCAAGCGACGGGAUUAAGUAACGGACGAUAUUAUGUACAAGUUUUGAAUGGGUCAUAUUUCAUAACAAAUAUUUAUGGACCCAAUAUAAACAAAGAGUAUAUAAGAAUGCUGAUAGAAUACUCGUGGGCAUAUCAUCACUCUUAUGGAACUUUGUUAGAUUUCUAUAUUGACAUUUACGUAGAUAAUGAUGUGGUGGGGCAAAAUGAUGAGGAUAAUAAUAAGAAGCUUAAUGAAAUGUUAAAUAAAGCAUUGGAAGCACAGGAGAGUUAUUACCAUGUAACUAUUAAAAGUGUAAGUGAUGACAAGGAUAAUGAUGUCAUAACAAAUGAUAAUGUGUUUGGAAUAGAGUUCUCUCUAAUUGUUGGAAGAGACAUAACAAUUGGAGACUAUUACAUACAUGUAAUAGAUGAAAAUAGAAAUAUAUAUAUUGGAAAAGAUGCCCAAGGAAAAGAAGUGGACUCUUCUUUAUUGAAGAAUGUUAUGCUAUUGUCUCAAGAAAAGAUGCAGAAAGGAAGAAGGUAUAAGGUCACCAUUGAAAAGGCAAAUGUAUUAAAUCUAGCAGGUAAGGUAAUACAAGAGAAAAAAGCCACUAUCAGUGAUAGACAACCUAGUGGUUCGGAACUCGUUGAAGCAGAAUCUUCAUUAGUAGAGGAAAAUAAGAUAUUAAAUAAGGUCAUCGUUUUGAAGAAAGUGGAACUAAUAGAUGGACCCGAGAUCUUGCGCAUUGUGAGAGAGACAAUUAUAGAUAUUAAAGUGAACGAUAAUAACAAUAUACCAAAUGGGAAUUACAGAAUGAAUGUGUUGCAAAAUGGUGAAUACGAAUUUGCAGGAAUAUAUAAUCCUGACUUAAGUACUUUGGAAGCAGAAGUUUUGAAAGAAAUAUUAUCUUCCUCCAUAUUAGCAAAUGGUCUUUAUCUGGUACAAGUGAAGAGCAAAAUUGUGAACGAGGAGGAGAAUAGAAAAAGGAGGGGAUUCAAAAUGAAUUAUACAGCAGCAUCGCACAACAGUAUAUGCAGAAAAGAAGGUAAGACUUCGAUUACUAUAAUGAAUGGAAAUAACAACAGUGUGUCCCAUUAUGACGACAAUCAAGCAUAUGGCCAAGGUUUAAUUCCCAUCCAAAGUGUGCAAGGUGAUUUAACAAUGACACAGUAUGAAAGAAGAAAUUGCAAUGAGAAUCUGAAAAUUUCCAAUUGUGUAUCAUCCAACCAAAGAAGUUGCAGAAAUAUUUUAAGGCCUUGA